CAUUUGUUCAACCACUUGACAUGUCUUCUCUCGCUGGCAUCCACCCGCAUAGCUCAGCUAGGCAAAAGCAGGCUCAUGUUGUUUUCAGAGCAUAGACCAAACUGUCCCUAGGCAGACCUUAGUUUGGUGUGGCCAGAAACUUCCUCAUUCUUGCUCAACUAGUCCUCACCCCGCUAUCACAAGCUGAAAUGUCGAAUAGAGACUGUGGAGGCGCCUGGCCAUGGUUGUGGCCUGCUAAAGAAGUGAAUGAUGCAAUUCCUAGAGCUACCACAACACUACUUGUCAUAGGAAUUGCAACUCUUAGUUUUUUCUGCUUGUUCAGGAGAAGAAAAAAUGAGACAGCUCCAUUGCCGCCGGGGCCCCAAGGCAUGCCGUUCCUUGGGUACCUCCCAUUCCUAGGGACCGAGCUCCACUGGAAAUUCGCUGAAUUGGCCAGGACCUACGGUCCCAUCUACAAACUCUGGCUUGGAAGCAAGUUAUAUGUUGUGGUUAACGCCCCGUUGCUGGCCAAAGAAAUCGUGCAGGACCAGGACAUGAUGUUCGCCAAUCGGGACCCGAACAUCGCCACUACCAUUGGGUCAUACGGAGGAAGGGACAUUACCUUCUCAAGCCAGGGGCCUUAUUGGAGGAAUCUCCGCAAGCUUUUUGUACGGCAGAUGAUGAGCAACGCAAGCCUUGACGCCUGUUAUGGUUUGAGAAGGCAAGAGGUCAGGAAAGCUCUGAGUGAUCUGUACAAAAAAUCUGGGGUGCCGGUAGAUAUCGGCGAAUCAGCACUUCUGAUCUUGAUUAACGUGAUCAUGGCGAUGCUAUGGGGAGGGACGCUUAAGCGAGAGAAAAGUGAAGCCGUGGGUGUGGAGUUUCGAAAGGUAGUGGCUAAACUCAUGGUGCUUGCAAGUAGUCCGAAUAUUUCGGACUUUUUCCCAGCACUCGCUUGGCUUGACCUGCAAGGAGUUGAAAGGGACAUGAAAAGGGUGCAUAAGUGGUUUGAUGAUUUUAUUCAGUCUGCUAUCGACUGUGCCACUAAAGGAAGAACAAAUGAACUGUUCAGGCAGAAGGACGGAGAAUCUGAAAGCAAUGAACAGAAAAAGGACUUCUUGCAGAUUUUCCUGGACAUGGAGAUGGAUCUUGAAGAUAACCAGUCACUAAUGGACAAAAACGAAGCCCUCAAAGCCAUUCUUAUGGACAUUGUGGUUGGCGGAACCGAUACGACUUCGACAAUGGUCGAGUGGGUGAUGGCAGAGUUGCUGCAGAACUCAGAUGUAAUGAACAAAGUAGUCCAAGAAUUGACAGGAGUUGUGGGGGAGGACAAGAUGGUGGAAGAGAACCACUUGCCCAAAUUAAAGUACCUCAAUGCUGUCAUCAAGGAGGCAUUUCGCUUGCACCCGGUGCUGCCUUUAUUGGUGCCUCGGACCCCACAUGCUUCCUGUGUCGUCGGGGGUUACACAAUUCCCAAGGGCAGUAACAUAUUCUUGAAUAUGGGCUAUAUCCAGAGAGACCCCAAGAUUUGGGACAAACCAUUGGAGUUCAGACCUGAGAGGUUCUUGGAAGAUCCCGGCAAGUAUGAUCUCUCUGGCAACAACUUCACGUAUAUGCCCUUCGGUUCUGGUCGAAGGGUGUGUGCAGGGCUUGCACUGGCAGAGAGGAUGCUACCAUAUGUUUUGGCCUCUCUUUUGCAUUCAUUCGAGUGGGAACUACCGCAAGGGGUGGAGCUGGAUUUAUUGGACAAGUUCGGGCUUGUGGUCAAGAAAAUGGAGCCCCUGGUCGCCAUUCCCAGGCCAAGAUUGUCUGCUCCAGAGCUCUACAUGUCGAGUUAGAGCUUUCAUAAAAAUCUCAAGACUCUUCAUUUCAGUUCUACGAAUAAAAGUAUCCUGCAAGUAUCAAUCAUGUUUUAAGCAUCUACUCAAUUAGGCCUGGGUUUAAAAAGAUUUUAUGAUGCUUUUAUUUGUAAUAUGAGAAAUAAUUUCUCUUAUCUAUUGGUUCUUCAGGUCAGUUAGACCAGAAGAUGAGGUCAUGUUGAUUAAGAGCAAAAUGAUUCUGGUCUUGCAUAAAUAUAUUCCACCGGGCAGUUCUCA